CCUACAGGAGGCUGGACAUGCUCCAAGCCUGUCCAGCUCGAGCCAGCCAUCGUCGGGCAUGCCAUUGGUGAUUCAACGUCCAGCGUACGCCGUACAGACGGCGCAGGUCUAGGACCUCAACGAGGUCCGCAAUCAAUACGGUAUUUCGCGGAUUUCGCUCAUCAUCACCGAAUACCUGCACCAAGGCGUCUUGCCAACACUAAGUGACAGGAAGGAGAUCAUAUAUGAAGGGCUCGCUCUGGCUUCCCAUCACGUCCCUGCCGUCGUGCACACUCGCGGGGCGGGCCCGAUGCGAGUACGUAACGAAUUCCCAAACACGUCCUGAAAAUCGUCGGCUGGUGGGUAUCCCCUCCCUUUCCGUCACCGCGACCUUCUCAUGCACGAUGCGAUCCACUCUCGCCCGUUGCCCGUCCCCGUACACGCUCAGGCCAUCUCCCACAUUGCAGCUCGACACAGACGUCGCAGUGCUCAAUGGAAAGACAGUCUCGACUCUCAAGACGGCGCAGGAGAGCGGCGCGAUUAGGACUGAUCAUCGAGGGCACGCUUGCGAGAAUACGUUCUCGUUUUGUCUCAACGAUAUCAACAGGAGCGUUACGCCGGCUUGGAGGCAGGCAGAGUAUGGUAAGGUAUGCAGCUACGGAGUUUCCAAGGUCAUUUUCCAUUCUGCAAUGACAUAUGCGCACACUAGUCUCCUACUGGAAUGAUCUAUCCCGAGAACAUGUGAGACAUCUGCUGAACAAGCACACAAACAUACAGCCAGAUUCAUAUACUAUUUCUCUUCGCUCACUUCUCACGUCACCGCUUCGGAGCUUUCGACCUUGCUCGUUCGACGUAAUCCCCGCUCACCUGUCCUCCGCCAGUCUCCCAACAGCGCCGCAACCUCCUCCAGUUCGCCGAUUUUCCACGUGUGCAUCACGGGCUGCACAG